UUUUUUUUAUUUUAUUGUCAAACUUUCUAUUUCUUUGGUUUAAUAAUUUGACAACUUGUUGGCUAAAUUUUGCUGAAAAAUGGCGAUGCACGUACCAAAAGCUCCUGGUUUCGCUCAGAUGUUGAAAGAUGGUGCCAAACACAUCAUAGGUUUGGAUGAAGCUAUAUUCAGGAACAUUGAGGCAUGCAAGGAAUUGGCCAAUACAACAAAAAGUGCAUAUGGACCGUAUGGUCAGAAUAAAAUGGUCAUCAAUCAUCUUGACAAGUUGUUUGUCACCAAUGAUGCUGCAACCAUUCUCAACGAGUUACAGGUACAACAUCCAGCGGCCAAGUUAAUUGUUCUGGCUUCUCAACAGCAGGAGCAAGAAUGUGGAGAUGGCACAAAUUUUGUUCUGGUCUUUGCUGGUGCCCUCUUGAAUCAGGCUGAACAGUUGCUCAGGAUGGGUUUGUCAGUAACAGAGGUUGUGGAGGGAUAUGAGCAGGCAUGCAGGCUAGCUCUUGAAAUCUUGCCUAAUCUGGUGGUGAAGACAAUUAGUGACCGUCGAAACAAAGAAGAUGUAACUCAAGUCAUCAGAAGCUCCGUAAUGAGCAAGCAAUACGGGCUGGAAGAUUUCCUUGGACCUCUCAUUGCUGAUACUUGCAUUGCUACUUUGCCUGAAUCCAACUACUUCAAUGUUGACAAUAUUCGAAUCUGCAAAGUCGCAGGCCAGGGAGUGCAGAACUCUGUUUCAAUCCAGGGGAUGGUAUUUAAGAGGCAGGUUGAGGGGAAUGUAAAGAGGGCUGAAAAGUGCAAGGUGGCAGUGUACACAUGUCCCCUGGACAUCAUGCAGACGGAAACAAAAGGAACUGUCCUGAUCAAAACGGCGGCUGACCUGAUGUCCUACAGCAAGGGAGAGGAGGGGCAGGUCGAAGAGAUAGUUAAAAGUAUCAGUGACGCAGGCUGCCAGGUGAUCGUAACGGGUGGUAAGGUAGGUGAGAUGUACCAGCAUUUCUGCAACAAGUACAACAUCAUGGUCGUUCGUGUGCCGUCGAAAUUCGACCUCAGGAGGCUCUGCAAGACUAUCGGUGCCACUGCCCUACCUAGAAUCACUACUCCCACUCCUGAAGAAUCGGGGACCUGUGAUGUCGUCAAGGUCGAUGAGAUUGGUGACACGCCUGUAGUUAUUUUCAAGCAAGAAAGUCAGGAAAGCCUAAUAAGCACGAUAGUGAUUCGCGGUGCGACGGACAAUACAAUGGAUGACAUUGAACGAGCCAUUGAUGACGGUGUCAACACGUACAAGUGCCUUCAUAAGGAUGGUCGGUUGCUGGCGGGCGCUGGGGCUUGUGAGAUCGAACUGGCACAACAGCUCACCAACUACGGAAAUAAGGUGUCAGGUUUGGCUCAGUAUGCCAUACAGAAGUUUGCAGAAGCCCUCGAGGAACUGCCAAGAGCCAUCGUUGCUAAUGCCGGUGUCAAGGCCUCCAAUGUUGUGUCUCAGUUGUACGCCGCUCACCAGCUAGAUCAGAAGAAUGUUGGAGUUGACAUUGAGGUUGAUGUUCCAGCAGUGAAGGAUGCAUUGGAAGCAAAGAUAUUUGACUUGUACAUCACUAAAAUGUGGGCCCUCAAGUUCGCCACCAGAGCUGCUUGCACUGUUCUCAGCGUUGAUCAGAUAAUUAUGGCCAAGCCAGCUGGCGGACCCAAAGUCAAGGACAACAAAAAUCAUGACGAUGAUGAUGACUAAUGAUGAUGAGUAAUCUCUAGUUGAUGACGACCCUUUUAUAAUUUAAGAUUAUUUCUAUAUUAUAAAUGUCUCAAUGUUUUUUAUUUUGUCUUAUUUUUUAUUAUUUCUAAAAAAUACUAUAUAGGUCUCUUACCAUCUUUUAAUCUUACGCUACAAUAAAAUUUUUUAUUAACGUAAUUUAUCAGCGUUUGUUUUUGCAGUUCACUGUUUUAUGUUACUAUUAACAAAGCUAAAUUAGAAACCCAUUUAACAUAAAUUAUUUGAGCUAUCUUGUUCAAGUUUAAAGUGUUAUAUAAAGUUUUAAAGUGAAAAUUAUCAGAUAUUGUAGUUUAUUCAUCAGAUCUCGUUAAAGUUAGUUAUCUAUUUUGCUCAUAACUUAACAACUUGAUAGAUUAGGCCAGUUAUUUCAUUUUAAUUCAUUUAAACAAGUAUUCGUUUAUUUUAUACUAUUUAUUACUAAAUAAUCAUUACUACAUCACUGGCGUCGGUGAUGCUAACAGUUAAUUAGAAAUUGAAGUUAACCUGAAAAUAUUUACUAAACUUGUCG